AUGGCAUACCUUCCCACCCCCCACCUCCUCCACCUCCAAUCCCACGGCUUCAUCCGCGGCCACCUCCUCACCUCCCCCACCACCCACCGCCCUCUCUGCACCUACUACGGCGGCGUUCCCUACGCCUUGCCUCCCACUGGCGAGUUCCGCUGGCAGGUCCCGCGCGCGCUGCCGCCGUGCUAUGCGUAUGGGACGCGGAAUGCGCCGGGGGAGUUUACGGAGGGGUGCGGGGUGUGUCCGCAGGUCGGGGGGGAGGGGGAGCAGGAGCAGGAGGAGGACUGUUUGGGGUGUAAUGUGUGGGUGCCAGUGGGGGAGGCGCCGGUGGGUGGAUGGCCGGUAUUGUUCUAUAUCCAUGGAGGCUUUCUCCAAUUCGGCGACCCCAAUUCAGGAGACGUCGUGCCGCUGAUAUCGGAGACGGAGGUCAAAUGUAUCAUUGUUAAGCCCGGCUACCGGCUGAAUGUCUUCGGGUUUCUGUCUCUCGAGCAUGCGCGUCCGGAAGGGUCGAAUAGCAUCGCCAGCAAUUUCGGGCUGUGGGAUCAGCGGAUGGCGCUCAUGUGGACGUAUAAGAAUAUCAGUUACUUCGGCGGGGAUCCGGCGAACAUCACGCUGGCGGGAUACUCGGCGGGCGCAUACUCCGCGUUCCACCAGCUCGCGUACGACCUCUGGCAACCGCAGCAACUUAUCCGCCGCUGCAUCAUGUGGUCCAACGGCCCCGGCAUCCAGCCCAGACCCCCUUCCGAAGGCCAUACGCAAUUCAACGAGCUGCUGACCGCCCUCCAGAUCCCCACCACCCUCGACAUAGAAACCCAGAUCCAGAAACUGCGCGCCGCCUCGCCAUCCGCCUUGCUCACCGCCACCCGCGCCAUUCAACGCCACCAGUUCCGCCCCGUCACCGACGGCCGCUUCGUUCGCCGCGAGCUGUUCGCUGACAUCGACCGCGGUGAGUUCGCGGCGCGCAUGCAACGCCGCAACAUCGCCCUGAUGAUUGGUGAGUGCGAGCACGAGCGCCACGUCUACGGGACGUACAUCCCCCCGGCGAACUCGUACAUUGGGCUCCGCGACCGGCUGGAGGUCGACUUCCCCGGGGUCGCGGACCGGCUGAUGGGGUACUAUUUCCCCGCGAAGCGGCUCCCCGCGCAGUGGGGGGAUUGGCGGGAGGCGUUCGGGGCGGUGUACGCGGACGUGCAGGUGUAUUGUCUGCAGCGGGGGUUGGUGGCGCGGAUUGCGCGGACGGCGCCGGGGUUGGUGUGGCGGUAUCGGGUGGAGUGGCGGGCGGGGUGCGUGGAGUUGCCGGUGGAGUGGGGGGCAACGCAUACGACGGAUUUGGCGAUUUGGUUUUGGGGGGAGGGGCGGUUGACGGGGAGGGAGAAGAGGGUGGUGGAGGAGGGGUUUGUGAGGGGGUUGGCGGCGUUCGUGACGGGGAAGGAGGGGGGGUGGGGAACGCGGACGGAGAGGGAGGUGAGGCGGCUGCGGGCGGAUGGGAGGGUGGAGAUUUGGUUGGACGAGGAGUGGGAUCGCGGAGUGGAGCUUUGGGAACUGCUGAGGAGCGGCGACGUGGGAACGACGGCGAGAGCAAAUCUAUGA